ACGUCAUAGGAGCCGGGCAUGCGCCGUCCUUAGGGCACCAUUGCAACACGUUAGAACGCGGCGGGCAGUUUCAGUGGCUACACGGUUGCCAGUCGUGAAAAAAAAGAAGCGCGGGAAAUAAUUUGCCGGUCACAAUGAGAGUCGUCGCGGGUGUGGUCGGGCUGAUGCUGAUGAACGUGUGUGUACUGACAGCGCCUGUUGCUCAGGAAACAGGAGCAAAUCAGGAGGAAUCUAAGUCUGAUGUUCCGGUCGAAGAGUUAGAAAAAUUAAAAGUUGGUGAAGUGGUGCCAGAGAUAAACAGCGAACAUGUUGAGUUUCACAGACUUGACGCGGUUCACUCAAACGGCGAACUAGUAUCGCGACUGGAACAACACGCGUCAGCUGAUGCUACAGGCGACGAAAAGCCCCAUGUACACGGCGAGACCAAACUAGAUAUGCCGGCCGAAGGAGUCCAUAAAGUGGUGAUCCAAGAUGGCGCCCACGUGAGCGUGGUCGACGCGACUGUACCUCCGACUGCCGCAAGCGAGGAGCCUACUACUAAGGUGUUCCAUGGCGCAGCUCGGCUGGUCCAGCCCGGAUCAGCCACUAACGCCCAACCAACCAAUGGGCAUACGGCCGUACGGCGUGCUUUCAACGCUGACAUCACUAAGGAGACCAAAAAUAAUGUGGACCACUACUCGUCGUAUGCUGGUGUCCAGUAUUCACCCCUGGACAUGGCGGAGUACGUGUUCUGGACGGGCGACGAACGCGGCGUCACUGCCGCUAUUGAGGACUUCUUGCAGGAGGGCAUGAUGACGAAAGAGGAGGCCAUAGCGUUCCUCCAAGAGAUCAAGUUCAACAUCGACUACCUCCGCGCGCACUACUCCCAGCGCGCCGCGGAGGAGAGCGCACAGCAGGAGAGACUGAGGAGCCUCCUCAUGGACCAAGCGGCCAAGGACUACCCGUACCGCGCGAACCUGCAAUCGUUCCCCUUCGGCAACAGCCCCGACAUCAUCCGCACCAUAUCCGGCAAGACCUGGGACAUGAGCAACAGCCUGGCCGGCCCCAGCCUGCCCGUGACGUCGGAGCUGCGCCCCGAGCCCGUCAAGCGCUACGACCCCAUGCUGCAGACUAACAUCAUCGGCACCACGGACUACGAUCGCGACGGCCCCAACAUCAGCGAGGCGGAGUAUGAGGAGGCGAUGGAGAGACUGCGCGCUGCUGACUCACUUUACACACAGUACACGCUUGAGGAGAUCAUCUACCAGUUGGCUAAAAUGAUGUUCUCACAAUCUCUAUCUCGGGAGCCGGCGGCAGCGCGCGCGGCGACACAACGGUUCAUGUCGUUCCUCGAACUUGAAGCUGAGAGAGGACAACUGUCGCGCACUAUUGAGAAGAAAGUUCUAGACGUGAUGAUCGCAGCGCUGACUGAUACCAUCGGAGACCACCCUGAACUACUGCAGCGCGACUCGCUCGCUCCGCCCGCUAAUAGGCUAAUGCGUCAGUUUCUGGACACGAGUGUUUCUGAGCCGGGCAUGUCUCGGGCCAUCCUCGCCGCGUACAAGGACGAACUACUGAAGGGCCCGCCGCACAAGUACGACAGGAACUAAGCGGUUCAUAUUACGUACCGUAACUAGAGACAUCGCAGAUAAUUAUUGUUUGAGCUUGGAAAUGCUAAAUCCAAACCACACUAUUUAAAAAGUCACAAAAUUCGUCAUAACGCAAUGUUUUCUGUCCUUGGUUUUGACUUCCUGGAUAACUGGGUACGCAGGAUUACAUCGGCUUUAGAAAUAGGUGAACGACUAAUAAGCAUAAAGACAGAAUUUUGUAUUUUGGCGUACCUAUAUCCUAUCGCAACAACGGAAACAUAACACAUUAUACGGAACUUCUAAGAUCCUGGUAGAGGAAAUCGGGAAUAUGUGAUGUCUCUAGAUAAAGUACAUCAAUGGACUUAGGUAUCUAAUGUUGCUUCUAGGUAGGUACUUAUGUGUCGUUCUAUUGAUGAGACAUAUAUUUCAUAAAAGGUAAUCCAUUUAAAAGGUAAUAAAGACAAAUUUAAAUUUGAAAAUUUGAAGAACUGGUCGAUUUUGAAACAAAGGCCAAUAAUUUUGCGCUGAAAAUAGAAUUAAUUUUGAAAAGCACAAGGCAAUGUAUGUCUCAUACAAUAGACAUAGAAAUAAAAACGCUGCCAAAGCCUUUAGCCCUCAAAACGUGGCAAAUCCUUCGAGGAAUUUUAUUUAACAACGUAUUUUGACCACACAAGAGAUUAUUAUCAUUGUAAGAAGCCGUUAAAAACGCACGAAAAGAACUCUUGAAUACAGACUUGCAAGGAUUUGGUCAUGCGCCAAAGUAUCCUUGCAGGAUUGUACUCAGUAUAUUAGUUAAGUAUGAUACUUAUUAAUUACUAUAUUUGGCAGCUAUUGGUACCAAUAAAUAGUAAUGGAAUUCCUCCAAUUUCAUAUUCAAGAUGGCCUAUUCUACAUAGGCCAUUUAAAGCAGGUCCUUUUUGGUAAGACGAUACUUUUACUUAUGUUCAGAAAAUUAAUUUUUCAUUCCUUUUAUGUAGCAUUAAAGUAAGUAGGGGUAAGUAGAUAUAUUACAGAAAUAUUUCUGUUGUCGUUAUGCUUUGCUUAAUUUGAAAAUGUGCGAUAUUACCCAAAUCGUGCUAAAAUCAAAGUCUUUGUAAAUAGUAAAUUAUUGCCUGCUAUAAAUCCAUUAACAAAAAUACUAUUUAGAUAAUAAAUAUAGCGAUUAUAGGUAGAGAUUUAUGUAGAUUUAUAAUGUAGCUUCUGAAAUUUUUGACUUUUAUAUUUCUCUAAUCCAAUUCAGACUUUAUCAUGAAAGACAUCGAGUGACACUCGUUUAUUUACCUAAGUCACUUUGGCCUCUUGCGCCAAUCUACUUUAUUGAUAGUCAAAACAUAAGCUUUCUCAUUCGUUAACACAAAGAAUAAAGGAGACAACAUGUUUUUUUUUUAUUCAAAUUUUUUGACGAGGUUUAAAAAUGCACUUGGCAUCUAUGCCAGCCUCAUAGUAUUAUUCAAAAUUAGUUUAAAAACUUUUAACUUUAAAAUAGACUGGCGCAAGCGGGCUUUAGAAUAGUAAUAAAUUGAAGGCAUUCCUUAUAUUUUUCUAUCAUAGCAAAAUGUGGUGAGCUAUAACAUGUGUGCAUAUCUACACAAUCCAUAUCAAAUGAUGGGCCCAAAAACAUUUUGGCUUGUAGCAUCGUAACUCUAUAGGUACUUAGCCAACCUUUAUCAUAACAAUAUUCGGACUUCUUUGUAGAAAUAUGUAGCUCAUCACAUAAUAUUAAUAUAUUAUCUCAUGUUAAUCCUAAAUGUAUAAAUAGUUGUUAGACAAAUCUUUUAUCACAGAAUCUAUACUAUGUAAGAUGUUGCAGCAAAGAUACGACGCUGUGUGUCAGCAAAAUUUAUUAUAUUUAUAUUAUUCUUUGAAACAUAUUGUGGAUUUAAUAAAA